AUGGUGCUUAACCGUAUCCGAAUCAGUUUAGUAGUAUUCGUCUUCUAUGUGUUCAUAGUUUGUGGUCAUUGCAAACAUGACUCUAACAAAAGGAUUCUCCUGAAUGACCCAGACUACAUCCACCAGCUUAUAACCCACCUCCAGGGAGAGUUACAGACCCUCCAGGUCACGGUAGAGACACAAACUGGUGAAAUAUUCUCUCUAAAAACCCAACUUUCACAGUCAAACAACGUCGGUGGGGGAUCCACGUUUGUUCGCUGGGGACGGACCGACUGUCCUGCCAAUCUGACGGAACUCGUAUAUUCUGGUUAUGCAGGAGGUUCCUGGUAUGACCACAGUGGAGCAGCAGUUGACUAUCUUUGUCUGCCACCUGAUCCGGAAUGCUACUUCCUUUGUUUCCUCUGUAAUGAUACCGGCAAGGACGACCUGCUACAGCGGCUGGACGAAGGCUUACAGUGGGUCACUGGCGUCAGGGUCCUAUAUGCACACGUAGCUGCUUCCCAAUACGUAUGUGUAGACAAGAACGCACAGCCUCUCGUUGGAGGAGCUAAUAGUGACGACAAUGGUAAAAUGUUUCUUGGCGUCAAAGCGUUUUGUGGUUCCCUGCGAUGUCCUCCAUACCAGCAAGACAAAUUUAUAUCUUGUGUAGUUUGUAUGAAAUAA